AUGUUGAUAAAUCAAGAUUCACAUUGGAAUGGUGCUGCAGCAUCUGAGAGUCAGAUGUUUUCAGACUUCGAAGUUAUGGACAGUGAUUGCUCCCUUCUUCCAGAUGAUUUAUUUCAAACUUUAAGUUCUGAAUUAGGUAUUCCUCUUCUCUUAGAGAAUGAAAUACCUUCAAAAACAGACGAUGGUAUUGAUAACGAAACAAUAAAAGAUAUAUCUAUAGGGGAACCUUCAAAUAAUUUCAAAGAAUUAGAUAUAAAUGUACAACAAAAUUCAGAUUUGGAUUUGGUUAAUGAUAUAAAGAUGGAAAUUAAAUUGGAACCUGUAAGUCCUUAUAUUCAAUUGCCUCUGUCUCCAGCAUCAAGUUAUUCUGAAUCUAAUAGAUUAGACCCACAAAUUGAAACAAAUUCUACUACUUCACUGUGCGAAUUUAAGGCAACACUGGAAACACCACCUAUUUCACCUCCACAAAAUCUUUCUCCACCUAUAUCUCCAGAACCAAUUUUAAAUACAGCUAUUGGAAAGCAAGUAAAACUUAUGCCUCUUAAAUCUCAAGAUGCAAAGCAAACAAAAUUUAUUCUUUCUAAAGCAAAUUCUGCUAAACGGGUUCGAGUUCAACCAAAAAAUAAUGUACACCUGGUCUCUGAUGAACAGUCGCAGAAUGCUAUAUUUUUGAACACUCAGAAUUUUAUUGCACUCACUCAAAAAGUUAAGCAAAAUUAUACAUCGUAUCCUUUGAUGGCACAUGUAGUGUCAACUAAUGGGAAUAAUAAAGUUCAGUCGUCUGUACAGUUUCCAUCAGUACAAAUAAAAACAGAAACAAAUACAAUUCAAAUACCACAAGAAAAUCAUGUAAAAAUAAUAAAUAAUAUUCCUAACACAUAUACACCUGGAAAAGAUCAAGCAGUAAACAUGAUUGAUACCCCAGUAGUUCUUAACAAUGAAACAGCUGGAUGUACCUCCAUAGUUGUCAAAAACAAUUCACCUAGGUGUAGACCAAUAGUGAUUAAAACGGAGAAUUCAAAUUAUUCUCCAAUUGUUGUAAAAAAUGAGGCCCAGGAUGUUAAUUUUGUGGGACGACAAGAUUGCGAGAUAAAAGCGUUAAAGAGGCAACAAAGAAUGAUAAAAAAUAGAGAAUCGGCUUGUCUGUCGCGAAAAAAGAAAAAAGAAUAUGUAUCUUCGUUGGAAAAACAAAUUUAUGAGUUGCAGCAAGAAAAUAAACAAUUAAAAAUGGAAAAUAUAAACUUAAAACAGAGACUUUCAGCAUUACCGGAUACGAAUGCUAGUACUAAAUUUAGAAGUGUAAAUCUUAAUUUAAAUAAAAAGAAUGUUGCUAUUCUUUUGGGAAUGGUUUUUAUGGUGUCUUUAAAUGUCAAUGGUUUUAAGGAUAUGCUUUCGCAAGGUAAUCGAUUCGAUAAGUUACCUACUGAUAUUCCUAUUAAUGCACAGUAUACUAGACAUGGAAGAACUCUACUCUGGACGCCUAAAGAUCAAAUUCAGGAGGAAGACGAAGAUGGUUUCCGUAAAAAUGUGUCAAUACCUCAGCUGAUGUGUCCAAUGCACAUCAAUCAAAGUGAAUCAAUUCGUUUAGAUUAUGAAUUGAGACGAUGGAUCGGUGGAAAAUCCGACCAAGAUGAUUGGGCUACAUUGAAGAAAGGAAAAUUGGACGCGAAACUUAUAGGAGAACUUUUAUCAUCGCCUCGAGCAAUGCAAAAGAGACCUAAACAUAAACGUAACCUAUCAGAAAGAAACAAAUCUGAAAUACUUCGAAAAACAACGGGCCCACCGAUAUCAAACGCAGUGGAAGUUUUUUCUCCAAUAGUAAAGGAACAUGCUUCUUUGUUCGAAGCUCUAGGAAGAAGGGAUGAUACCUUCUAUGUAGUUUGGUUCAGUGGAGAACAUUUACUUUUGCCAGCUUCAAGUAAAAACAGUACAGGUAGACCAAGAAUGUCAUUGGUGCUUCCUGCUCUUCCUAUGAAUGAAACAUUUUCAACGCCCGCAAAUCAUAUAACUAUGAUGCAAAUUGAUUGUGAAGUUACCAAUACACAAUUGUUGCACUUACAACAAUCCGUUAUACCUAAUCAUUUAAAAAGUAACAACGGAUCUAAAAGUCAUACGCAUCAAACUCAAACGGCAAAUGACGUGUCAGACGCAGUAGCAGCGGAUAUAACUAAGAAUUAUAAACCAUACUUUAUUAAAGAAACUAGUCAUAAGAUUUUCCAAAAAAAAAAUUCAAAAGAUACAUAUGCUGACAAAAAUAGUAGAAAUUAUAAUAAGACGACCGCUUAUAUACUGAAACAGAAAUUUAUUUCAGAAUUUGACUUAGAAGAAGUAAAAACUGAAGUGUUAAAGGAUUCGAGGAAAUCAGAAUCCCGAAUAAAAAGUCCAACGUCACAAAAAAAACAAAAAUAAAAAAAUUGUAGCAUUAUUUAAGAAAAGUUUGUUUUCUCGUGACGUGCAA